CUUGCCAAGAAUAUCAUUCAAAAUUCCAAUAAAUUACCUUCUUUAACCUACAACUUACGUACAGUCCACACACUGAUCUAUAGAGUAACUGUACAUGACAUGUGUUCUUUGUAAAGAGCAACUUGUCAGUAUAUUAUAUAUAAUAUAUAUAUAUAUAUAUAUAUUAUAAAUACUUACCCGGAAAACAUGUCGGUAGUAUUUUAGUUACCAAAAAUCAAAGUUCAACAAGCAGAGUACUGCUGAAGAAUAAUGAUGGGAAGUAGGGUGGAGGAGAAGAUCCCUUGGGGAACUACAAAAUCCGUUUGCUCCCCUCAAACUAGCUUUGCUUUUUCCUUCUUUUUCCUCAGGAGCUGAGCUGCCCACCACAUGGUUCUGCACCUCAGGGCUCCACACACACUCUCUCUCUCUCUCCCACCAGACACCAUUAACGGUUUCUUUUCCAAUUUAUUUGGUUUUUCAUGAAUUAUUUUCAAACCAAAUUGGAUGAGAGAAGAAACACAGCCACUCAGCAAGAGCCAAUUCGAAGAGCGUAUACUGUUCUUUCCUACUUUUGAGUCUGAGAAGUGUAGCUUCAGGAAUUUUGAAUAGAAAAAAGCUGUUUUCCAAGUGAUCCGUUUGUCGAUACACUACAAAGUUUCUAAUAUUACUAUUUUGACUUUUUUUUUCCGAUGGUAUUAUUAGUGGAUCCAAUAAUAAGCAUGGAACUCUAUUCAUACCUACUGUUUCUACGUCAGGUAACCUCCUUAACGUGAAUCGAGGCUUAAAACAAAAUCUUAGAAUGACAUGACCGUUAAAUUUUAACACAACAUCAUCUAAUAUCGUUUAUUUUUUUUUAAAGAAUGGUUAGGGUUUUUCUUCACGCAUUCAUGACUUUCCAUCGUCAUUACUAUAAUAGACUUAUAUAUAACAUUUAUUUUAUUUUAGAUCUUAUUUUAAUAUCCUUUUCAAGAUGUACUAAGCAUGCAUUUAUAAAUUAAUUUUGGAAGCCUUGCCUCUCUUCUUUAAAAAAAUAAAAUAUGGCCCAACUAUUGAGCCGGUACUGCCUCCUAGUAGAUUGCAUGGCCUCUAUACCAAGUGUCAUUCAUCUGAUGUCUAACCUGUACGUAGCAUGUAGUUAUGGGGGUAUUUGGAUUAGCUUACCCUAAUCAUGUUAAUUACAAAGUUUAAUGGGACAUUAUCUUUUGAUUUCAUACAGACAAUAUUCAUUUGACGAGCUAGGUAUAUACAUACCAACAGUACCCUACUAUACAUAUAUAUAUAUAUAUAUACACACAUGACACACACGAGUAGUGAAACUAGGUCUCGAUCGUCCGUCCUGUGAGAAAGUUCAUGUGGUGUUAGGCUCUAAGAAUGGUAUAAUUAUGCACGUACAGUCGAAUCAAGAUUUGAGCUCGGAUAAGCCAUUAAUAGGACAGCCAAAAACAGUUGAGUUUGGUGGUAUAGAAUAUGAAUCAUGAGCCAGAGAAUUAUUAAUAAUAAUAAAGUGGAAGUGGGAUUUGCGGUGUGACUUUGCAUGGGGUAUUGUGCAGCUAGCUCACUCUUAGGGAUUCCCUCUUAUCUAUCUAUCUAUCUAUCCACAUGUGUAUCUGUACAAAGGAAUUUUACGUAGUGAUGAGGACUAUCAUGUACAGUUUAUCAUGUGUAAAUUAAUUAAUUAAUUAAUUAAAUGCUGUUUAUAAUAUCUUGAACCUCUCCAAAGAUUCAUCUGUAAUGUUACUUUACCUUCCUGUCUUCUUCUUGGAAUUCGAAUGUCCUUCUUGGAUUUCCCAUUAAAAUAAUGGCCUACUCAAAUUCGAUUUUGGACCAACCCCCAUCACGUGAAAUUAGAUUAAAUAAAUAAAAUCGUUGCAACCUGGCAAUUAACCUCUCUCUUCCUGGUGGCCGGCCCUCUCAGAGUCAUAAUAUUUCAACCCCGCGCAAGAAAGUCUCACGUUGCCCCCAGAUCUUUGUCUCUUUACUCUUUGUUCAUCGAGUCCUGUGAGAGAUCAGAAAUGUUGGGUAACUGUGAGAAGAUGGUAGUCAUCCCUCCAACAACAAACGAAUGGUCACAGAAUCAGAUAGAUGAUCAAAAACGUUUGAUGGCUUCUACGGGUAUGGUAAUGGAAAAACCAGUCCUGGACCAACAACAGCAGCAGCAACAAGCCCUCAGGUGUCCGCGCUGCGAUUCAUCUAACACAAAGUUUUGUUACUACAACAACUACAGUUUGUCUCAGCCGAGGCACUUUUGUAAGGCCUGCAAGCGGUACUGGACAAGAGGCGGUACCCUGAGAAACGUUCCGGUAGGUGGUGGUUGCAGGAAAAACAAACGCGUGAAGAGGCCUUCAUCAGCUUCGGCUACUGAUGGAGCUGCUUCUUCUCCAGCUCAUAGUGCAAACCCAGACCCUCCUUCUCAAUCACACAUCGAGAUAUCUUCUACCACGUCAAAUCAUAUCAAUCCUUUGUUUUAUGGGUUUGCCAGUAACCCUUCUGAUAUGAGUCUUCCUUUUCCCAGAUUCAAUCCCAGAGUUUCCAAUGUGGACACUGUUUCUGGGUAUGAUCUCCAACCUCACCUGAAUGCUCUUGGACUUGGGUUUUCGUCUGGAAUUAUGUCUAAUGAGAAGGGUGAUCAGAACCGUUACAGAAAUGGGUUUAACCCUUCUAAGCAAAUCCAAGAUGUUGUUACAUCAAACUCUCUUCUCUCAAGUUAUAAUUCCAUCUUCAGCUCCUCAGCUUUUUCUACUACCACUUCCCCAGCCAUCGCUUCCCCACUCACCUCUAGCUUUCAGCAACAUGAGAAAUUUGUCAAUGGAGGUAUCAAAGACACUCGAGCAGUACUAAAUCAUUUUCAAACCAUAGCACCAUUUGAAGGCUUGCAAAUACUGGCCUCUAAUGAAGCUGGGAUUUCCAUGAAAGAAGUGAAAGUAGAAGACGGCCAGAACAGGUUGGAUUGGAAUGGUUAUUGCCAGAAUCAAAUGGAGCAUGUCGGUAUGUCCGAUCCUUCAUUUUACUGGAACGCAACAAAUAUUAAUGGUGCUUGGAAUGACCCCGGAAACAUCGGGUCUUCGGUCACUUCCCUGAUCUAGCAAAACCAAACAUCAUUUUUCAUUUGUCUCCCUCUUUGUUAGUCAUCUUGGUCGUUGCUGGCAUGGUUACUUGGGUUUCUGUUGAUUACAUCUGUUUGUAGUGAGUCUCAGUAGGGCAGGUUUUAAAAGCAGAAUUUGAAACACACACACACCAAAACAAAAAAACGCAAGAUUUCACAUUAAUUGAAGCAACGAUGGGAGGAGCUUGGAUCCGAGCGAUCAUGUCAGCUGCAGAAAAUCAGCCUAUUAGUUUUAUUAUCAAGGUUGAGACUCCUUAAUUGCGCUGAGAGGAACCUCGGAUCCUCUACAUCUCAUCCCCAUGGGUGUCAUCAGAAUCACCGUAUACGGCGCUACGCAGUGUGGAAGGUUUCAGUAAGUUGGUCGACUUUGUUGUAUGUAUAUAUAUGACCAUGUCUUUUUUCUUUCUUUCUUUGUUUCUAGAUGGAGCUGGGGGUAUAUGUUGCAGUCCUCAAUGAAGAUCAUCUGAGGAACUAAUUAUUUUUACUUAAGUUUACCUUCUUUUUUAUCCUUCUUUGAAGUGUUCAUGAGGGGGAAGGGGGUAUAAAUAUGGUAUAUAUAGAGAAAGAGGGAGAUUUGUUAUCUCAACAUGGCUAGUUAUUAGUUUAUAUA